AUGACCAGUGGCGCUCAACAAAAUUUUAACUCAAAGCUUCAGCACAUGAGUACCGAAUAUUCUAUACCUAACCUACCGGUUCUUCGACCUACAAAUCUCAGGGUUUCGUGGAACAAAGGAUCCAAUAAUGUAGAAUACGGUCAAAUUCCAAACAAUAAGCAUCAGGUGGCUAUUGAAGU